AGGACAUCCAGUGAGGACAUGGAAAAAGAAAAUGCAACAUUGCUGAUAGAGUUCGUUCUCACAGGACUUACACAUCAACCACAGUGGAAAAUCCCGCUAUUCCUGGUGUUCUUGGUGGUAUAUCUCAUCACCAUAGUGGGGAACCUUGGACUGAUUGCUCUCAUCUGCAAUGACACUCAACUUCACAUCCCCAUGUACCUUUUUCUUGGCAGUUUAGCCUUUGUUGAUACUUCUAUAUCAUCCAUUGUAAUUCCAAAGAUGCUGGUCAACUUCUUAGCCAAGACUAACACCAUCUCUCUGUCCCAAUGCAUGGUACAAUUUUUUUCAUUUAAUACCAGUGCAACCACAGAAUGUUUUCUCUUAGCAGCAAUGGCUUAUGAUCGGUGUGUAGCCAUAUGCAACCCUUUACUCUACCCAGUGAUAAUGACUAAUAGACUAUGCAUCCGUCUAUUAGUCUUAUCAUUUGUAAGUGGAUUUCUUCAUGCUUUAAUUCAUGAAGGAUUUUUAUGCAGAUUAACAUUCUGCAAUUCCAACACAAUACAUCACUUUUAUUGUGACAUUAUAUCCUUGUUUAAGAUUUCUUGUACUGACCCUUCUAUUAAUUAUUUAAUUGUUUUCAUUUUCUCUGGUUCAAUUCAGGUAUUUACUAUUUUGACGGUUCUUGUGUCUUAUACACUUGUUCUCUUUACAAUUUUAAAAAAGAAAUCUGCCAAAGGCACAAGGAAAGCCUUCUCAACCUGUGGAGCCCAUCUUUUAUCUGUGUCUUUGUACUACGGCCCCCUCCUCUUCAUGUAUGUGCGCCCUGCAUCUCCACAAGUAAAUGAUCAAGAUAUGAUGGAUUCUGUAUUCUAUACUGUCAUAAUUCCUGUGUUGAACCCCAUUAUCUACAGUCUGAGAAAUAAGCAAGUCAUGAUUUCACUGUCAAAAACAUUCAAAAGGAAUGUUUAA